AUGAGACCCGUAUAUUCUAAUAUUACCGAGACGUUGAAUAUGAUUGUGCUAUGCAAACGAACGAGGUCCUUGAAAUACUCUGGCCAGUACAAUUACGGGCUGUGGACGGUCGAGCCGAGUAUCUUGAGCAUUAUCGGAUAUACCGUGGUAAUACCCGUAGUUUCCGCACUCGGAAUAAUUGGAAACUCCCUGAUCCUCGCGGUCCACUUGAAAGCGAAGACAUACUUGAAAGGGUCGGCAUACACGUAUUUAGCAGUGCUCGCGACUUCGGAUCUGAUCACCUGCGUCCUGCUCAUUUUCUCCAGUCUGGCGAGAGGUAUUUUUCGUUGCUACAAAGGUUGGUUGGAAUUCGACGCGUUCGUUCACUUUCCGAUCGGCUCCAUUACCUCAAACAUCACAGUCUGGGCUGCGUUAGGCGUGAGCGUCGACAGGUUGAUAAUAGUCUGCAGCAUGCCGCGAUGCAAAUCACCUAAAUUCUGCAGACAGGAGGUAGCGCGCAAACUGAUGAUCUCUGCCACCUUCUUCGCUAUUUUGAUCAACAUACCGUACUGCUUCAUGUACAGGUACAACGAGCGUGGGGAGUUGGUAACGACCAACUUUUUUCAUUCGCGGUGGUUCAAUCUUCAAAAUUGGCUUCAAUUCAUAAUAUUUGGCCUACUACCAGCUGUAUAUUUGCUCAUCGCAAAUCUCAUUAUGAUACGUUUCGUGAGGAGAGCCCUUAAACGGAGAGAGAUGUUGCUGAAGCGCAAAAACAUACGCGAAGGGAAUCGCCUGCGGGAUCAAGCCCGGCUGACGAUCAUGCUGGUCGGCAUCGUAUUUCUGUUCCUUGUGGGCGAGCUGCCAACUCAUUUGGCGUCGCGACGCAGCGCCGUGUCUCUGCUUUACGGCGGUGAUCCCUUCAAAGUUCGCGAGGAUUUCAUGGAGAGCUUCCGUAUGUGGGCGACUCUUCUCAACGCGCUAGCGAGCUCGAUGAAUUUCAUACUUUAUUGUGUGCUGAGUCCAUAUUUUUUCGUGCAUUUAAAGCGCAUGUUCGUUCCGGAACAUAUCGUGAAAAGGAGACACGAUAGAAGAAGACCGAUCGUUUACUUCAACCAACAACCAGAUGGCAAAGAGAAAUGUGAAAUAUUUGUAUUAUAG